CGUCGUGCCAUCGCCACGCGCCGGGUGACGUUUGACGUCUCGUUUCGCGCCAACUCGCGUUCUCUUUUUGAAAUUUUAUUUUCUUUUUUUGUGGCUCGAAAACUUUUGCUGCCUUUCGAGUGCGAUUUUAAACUUGGAACUUUGUUCAGUGACGUUUUGUGUUGUGUUUUGUUUUGUUGACAAUCGAUUGUUUAUUUUUAAGUGUGGUGAUUAGUUUAUGGAUUUUGUGUGACUUGGAUUUUUGACUACUUACUGAAUAAAUUAAAAGAAAAAAAAAUGAUCCAAAAAUCCUCAUAACACAAAAACAACAAAUGAAACGAACUUCAACAAUAUGCGUCAGGCUGACGCUGUAAUAUGGCAUCGAAUGAGUCAAAGCGGGCGAUUAUAGCAGCGCGUGCGCUCAGCCGCGCUGUCAGCGUUCCGAAAUCAAGCGUAAGCGAGAACGCAUCGAGCGUAAGCGCUCCGGCUUCGAGCGUAAGUGGGAACACGUCGAGCGUAAGCGUUCUCGCUUCAAGAAUAGCUUGGAAUAUAAGCCGUUUGCCAAAGAGACUACAAAGUGUACGAUGGAUGUCAAUAUGGAUGUUUUUCGCGUUGAUUGUCAGCUGUCAUGCGCGGGAGGAGCAGAGAUUUGCCAUGGAGCCGCAGGAUCAGAGUGCUAUCGUCGGAUCCAGGGUAACCCUCCCGUGCCGGGUGGAGAACAAGGCAGGGGCGCUGCAGUGGACCAAAGACGACUUCGGGCUCGGUACACAUCGGAACCUGAGUGGGUACGAGAGAUACCAUAUGAUCGGGAGCGACGAGGAAGGGGACUACUCACUAGACAUACAGAACAUCAGUCUAGAAGAUGACGGCAAGUACCAGUGCCAAGUCAGCUCAGGGUUAAACGGCGAGCCAGCUAUCCGCUCCCGCUACGCUCAGCUUACAGUACUGGUGGCGCCGGACCCUCCCCGCAUUAUACAGGGUGCCUUCAUAGACGCCACGGAAGACCAGCCCGUGGACAUAGAGUGCGUGUCUGUAGGAGGAAAGCCUGCUGCUGAGAUCACAUGGGUGGAUGGAAACCAAGCUGUGAUCAAGAAGCACGUGGAAAACCAAGUAGAGCUGAUGCCUGACGGACAAAGGUACCAAACGAGGUCAGUAUUGCGGCUCACACCGAAGAAGUCCCACCACAACCAGACCAUAACCUGUCAGGCGCAGAACACCGCCGACAGGGCGUUUAGGAUGGCCACUGUAGAUAUAGAGGUAAAAUACGCGCCAAAAGUGAAUCUAAGAAUAAAGUCUGGAUUACAAAACGAGAAGAUAAAAGAAGGGACAGAAGCGAGGUUCAUAUGCGAAGUGGACGCGAACCCGCUGCCGCAGAUGUACCGCUGGUACAUCAACGACAGUCCCGUCAUAGGGGACUACUUUGAAGAGAUGAUUAUCUUCAACGUGACGAGGAAGCACAACAAGGCAGUCGUGAAGUGUGAAGUCAGCAAUACUGUGGGGAAACGGGACCAGACUGUCACUUUGGACGUUACUUACCCCCCGACCUUCAGAUCCAGGCCGCAGAACAUCGAGGCAGAAGAAGGGGCGCGGGUGACCCUCAGCUGUGACGUGGAUGGCCAGCCAGCCCCGGAGAUCAGGUGGCUGUUCCACGAGCCUGGUCGCAUCGGGCAGGUUAGAGGGAGGGCGCCCAACCUCAAGAUCGACCAGGUGAGCUGGGACACAGCUGGCCGGUACAUCUGCAAGGCUUCCGUAGAAGGGUACCCUGAAAUUGAGAGCGAGGCCACUGUUUUUAUCAAAGGUCCACCAAGGAUCCUCUCCAACCGAACCCAACAAGGAUUGGAAGGCGAGAGAGUGACAAUUGAAUGUGCAGCCCUUUGCGUGCCAAAACCAGAUGACGUCAGAUGGUACUUCGAAGGGAAGGAGAUCAGCAUUAUUCAGAACCCUGAAUACGCACCCCUCGAAGAAAUCCUGCCAGAUGGCGUAGUGAAGUCAAGCCUGGUCAUCAAGGCGAGCCAAGCUCGGCACUACGGCACCUACAACUGUAGUGUUACCAACGAAUACGGGAACGCAAACGCUGCCAUCAUUUUGAAGCCAAUAAAAACCCUGCCCCUCAUCACGAUCCUCAUCGGGGUCAUCACGGGUGUCAUCAUCUUCUCCGCAUUCGUCAUCCUCCUAGUCGUCUGUCACCGCAGAAGGCGACAGACUGGACAGAAGAUGAGCGAGAAACCUGACGUGACUGUCACCACCACUGACAUUUAUAAGGAGAGUGACAGGAGUUCUAAUAUCAGUGAUUUGAAGCCGCAGUUGCACCAGAGCGAUGGGAGCUAUGAGCUGGACUACACCAGCUCAGACCGCUCUGACACCAAGAUGGCGGCGGGGAUUCCCCUGUCCGGGCCCGUUCCGCUUCCGAAGCUUCACGACGAUCCGCUGAUGCCGUUCCGGUAUAGCAACGAUUACUCCGACCCGACUUACAGUGACCCUUAUUUUAAGAAUCCCGCCGCGUUUGUCUACGAUUAUCCCCAAGGAUACAUCCCGCCUCCCAACCUGAGGGUACAGUCGCCCACGCAAUUGGAAGUGCCUCAAAAUCGUUCCCUGCAAGGGUCGCUCACGCGCAGCAUAGACACGGCGUCGACGCUGCCGCUGUCGGCAGGCAACAACUCGCAGAGCAACUCGCUGCAACGAGCGAAGACUGAUGAAACUGACGCCAUCAAUAACUUGGGACUGCCUGUUGAUGGCGAUGCAUUGCCGAUCUACGCGCAACCAGGCGCGAAAGUCCACGGCGGGGUGGACUUGCGGUACGCUGCCACAUACGGCAACCCGUACUUGAGGAAUAGCUCACUUGGCUACGGCAGUCAAGUGCAUACAGCUAAACCCGCAGCGACUCCCGCGCCUCCGCCAUACUCGUCUGUAAGAAGCUCCGUGGUUAUGCCAACUGGUAACGGAAGCCAGCCGUCGCAAGCCACCCACGUAUAGUAUAAAGUGUAAAUAACUAUAGUAUAGUAUAGUUAUUGUAAUAUACUAUGUUCCUAAAUAGAAUAAAAAGCGACUGAAAGUGUAAAUAUUCGAUUUAAGAUACCGAUUCGGACUUUUAAAAUACUUUUUUGUUUCGAAAAGAGUCGAGAA